UCAAAUUUCAAAAUAUGUACAUACAAGAAGAAUAAAAUACAUAAUAUUUUUAAUAUUCUAUAUUCUAUUUAGGUCCUUCCAAGUGCGCAAUUGCCUCUCAGCAUUAACAUUUUACAUCGCCUUCAUCGGAUCUCGUUGUCUUCCUUUUAUUAAUGGCUCUCUCAUUAGAAGACUUCCUUGUUCGUGCCCGAGUACUAAAGCUGUACCGACAUGCUCUGAGAAUCUCAAGGAGAGCACCUCCUCAUGCUAAAGCUGAUUUGAGGCAGAUUAUAAGACAAGAGAUGGAGAAUAAUAGGAAUUGCAAUGACAAGCAGAGAAUUCGGUUCUUGAUUAGUGAUGGAAUUGAAAGAGUGAAACGUUUAGAUGAGACGCUUGAUAUGCAAGGCCAUUGAUUUAACUGUAAUGUGUAUAUGGUAUGCCUUACAUCUUGCAACAUCAACCCUGUUGUGACCUAUCGGAUUAAUCAGAGACGUGCUGCAAACAUAGGUGGUUCAUGCGCUUUAGCCAUCUCUGCUUGGUUUAUACUGUUAUCGCCUCAGAAGUUAUUGUUUUUUUCCAACUUACCUCCAAUUAAGCCAGGAUCUUCACUGAUUCUCGUGUAAACAUGUGAUUUUGAAGAUCUCCCUUGAUCCUCUUGUAAAGAUACUGAGAUUGUACUGCUCCUAGUCUCCAACAGCUAGUAGAACUAGAAAACAAUUCUAAGAUAUGCAAGUCUCAAGGUUCAGAGCUAUUUAAAUUUCUUGUCUACAUAGUGUUUGUGGAGGAUUGUGUUUAUUCUCAAUAAUCAAGCUUAUCAUGUUUCAGUUUUUGUA